ACAAGUCUCCUUUCACAGACCGCAAAACCCACGAUAGAAACUCCGAAGAGAAACUCAAACGAACCCCGCAAAACCCAGAACCCAAACACAAUCCAUUCCUAUGUAUUUCACACACAAAUCAAGCCAAUUCCUCUGCGCAUAUGUUAUGUCUAUCUGAACAAGAUUGAUUAUAUAUCGAAGCUAUGGUGAGGAUCCGCAAGAACUUAAAGUUCUCUCCCCUCCUCUUCUGCUCGCAAGCUUCAGCUCACGACGACCUGCAGCCGCGCGUGUGCAAGCUCAACCUGUCUCCUUGGGAUGUGAUUGUUCCCUCACUCCUCGACUCCUCACACCAGUUUGAAGCUGAGGAGGACUUAUACGUGAAUACGAGCUUGAGUCAUUCUAUUGGAGUUGAGGAAAGCGUUGCGUCGCCUAUGGAAAUUGAAUACAAGCCGAAACCAGCAACCGGGGAGGUCCAUGGCAGUGUCUCUACCGACGGCAAUGGGUUUCGGCGGUGUCAAAGAACCAACGGCAAGAGUUGGCAAUGCAAGAAGGAAGCAAAUGAAGGCGGGUCACUUUGUGAUCACCACCAGAAACUCCAUAGCCGUAGGAAUGUGAAUUAUUGUAACUACACCGAUAAGAACAACGUUAGCAACAGCAACACUACUAGCAAUGGCACUGCCUACUCCUUCCCAUGGAAGAAAGCCAUCGUCCCAGAAAAGGAGCUUGGGGGGUCGACACAUCGUGUGCGGCCCAAGGUGGUUGCGACGAAGGAGGCGGCAACAUUGAAGAACCUGUAUCGUUCGGGGUUUGGCCCGCGGUGGGGGAGAGACAGAGGCAUUAGUAAACACAAGAUGGAGGCUAAGGUUGCUGCUGCUGAAAAUGUUGGUACUACUCCUACUGUAUCUUGUACGACUACUCAGUUUAGCAAUCCCGAAUCACCUCCCUCACACAAAAUUGAAAUUGGGGAUCAAUUGGACUAUAUCGAGGACGAUUUCGAUGAUGAUGAGGAAGAGGAUGAGGGCGGAGAAUGCGGCCGGAAGCGGGUGAGGAGGCAAGUGAAGGCUAGAUCUUUGAAGUCGCUAAUGUAGUAGCAUUAGCUCAAUUUUUGGUUAUCGUCUUUUCUACCUGGGGCGAUAUCCCUGUUCCCGAUCGCGAUUUUGGUGUGUUGUACACAACUUUGUGUCUUGUUUCGGGCGAGGGAUGUUGAACACGACAAUGUAUGGGUGACGUUGUAAUAUUCAAAGACAUUUACGUCAUUUGACU